GGACGGAAACUAAAUGAACCAACGGGCUUAAUUCCGUGUGAGGCACGUAUUUGGGCUCAGCACUUCACUACCGAGUUCUGCGUCCUCUCCAGGUGUCCGCGGUUUGCACGAGCCGGAGCCACUGUUUCUGCACUCCUGGUGUUUUCUUACAUGCCUGUUUUCCUCAAAAUGAGUGGUAGUAUCACCUUAAGAUCUUUUGGCAGAUUUUUGGUGCCAUUUACCAUUCAUAGGAAAAAAGGGGUUUUAUGUUCAACAAUUCUGCAGAGAUCUAUGUCUUCCAAAAUACCAACUGUGUCCUAUCCUAAGAAGGAGAGUACAUCACCUCCUGAACAGCUGGGAUUGGAUGGGUGGAAAAUUACAAUGAAAUCUAGCAUGCAAGAAGAAGAUGCUUCGGCAGUCUCAAGCAGCAAGGAUGAAGACCCUCUAGUUGCCAUCAGGGAGUUAAUUGAGAUGUGGAGAUUGUUUGGCAAAGAAGUACCAGAACAAAUCAGUGAAGAAGAACUCAAAACUGCUAUGGAAUGUGUUUCUAAAUCAUCAAAAAAAAAAUACUUAAAAUAUUUAUAUAUUAAGGAAAAAAUUAAAAAAGCCAAGCAAAUAAAAAAGGAAACGAAAGCAGCAUUAAAGGAAAAAGCCAAAAAAGACCAAUUACUGGAAACCACUAAGGAAGAUAAACAGCAAAACUUUCUAUUUCUACGACUUUGGGAUAGGAAUAUAGACAUUGCCAUGGGCUGGAAAGGUAUUCAGGCCAUGCAGUUUGGACAACCUUUGGUUUUUGACAUGGAUUAUGAAAGUUAUAUGAAACCAAAGGAACUUAAGAAUACUGUUUCCCAACUUUUAGAAAGUGAAGGAUGGAACAGAAGAAAUGUUGAUCCUUUCCAUAUUUAUUUCUGCAACCUUAAAGUAGAAGGCGCUUAUCAUAAAGAGUUAGUUAAACGUUAUGGAGAAAAAUGGGACAAAUUGCUAUUAACAGCAACAGAAAAGUCUCAUGUAGACUUAUUCCCAAAGGAUAGUAUUAUAUAUUUAACUGCAGAUUCUCCCAAUGUUAUGACAACUUUCAAGCAUGAUAAGAUUUAUAUAGUGGGAUCUUUUGUUGAUAAGGCUAUGCAGACAGGCACAUCCCUAGCCAAGGCAAAACGGCUGAAACUGGCAACAGAAUGCCUUCCAUUAGAUAGGUAUUUACAGUGGGACACUGGUACCAAAAAUCUCACCUUAGAUCAGAUGAUGCGUAUUUUGUUAUGUCUGAAAAACACUGGUAGUUGGGAAGAGGCUCUGAAGUUUGUUCCUAGGAGAAAACAUACUGGUUGUAUGGAGAUUUCUCAACAUUCUCAAGAGCUUGUCAACAGAUUAAAGAAGUCAAAACCUUUUAAUUCAUUUCCAAAAGGCUCUCUAAAUAUACACACACAGAAAAGGUGGCUUGAAUGAGAAUAUUUGAUAACUUAAAAAAUAAGUGGUCACAAUAUGUGUAAAUCGAACCAUGAUGCUGUAUGCCUUAAACUCUUACUGUGAUUUAUGUCAAUUAUUUCUCAAUAAAAUGGGGGGAAAGCAUAUGGAGUAGAAAUACAAUUCUAUUGGUCUAUUUCUUCCUAAAUGGAAUUCAUUUGUUCUUUUAAAGGUUGUCAUUCCAGGGGCACCUAGGUGGCUCACUUGGUU